AUGUCUGAACUCGGCCAAACAUCUGACGAAGAUGUGUCCCCCGAGGACAUAAAUGAAGAUGAAAUCCUGGCCAACCUCUCCCCUGAGGAGCUGAAGGAGCUGCAGAGUGAGAUGGAGGUGAUGGCCCCUGACCCUGAGCUCCCCACAGGAAUGAUACAGAGGGAUCAGACAGAGAAGCCCCCAACGGGCAGCUUUGACCACCGCUCCCUGGUGGACUACCUGUACUGGCAGAAGGCGUCCCGACGCAUGCUUGAGGAUGAGAGAGUUCCCGUCACCCUCCUGCCCUCCGAGAGAAUGACAGCAGAGGAGAUGGGAGACGGUGGUGGCAGGAGGGGGCCAGAAGCUGAUGGGAAAGAGCGGCACUACAAAAAUGAAAGCGUGUCACAUGCAGUAACACAGCCUGAGGAGAUGAACAGAGAUGGAAGCAAUGAGGAGAGAGAGGAGGAGGAGGAGGAGGAGGAGGAAGAAGAGGAAGGUGAAGAGGAGGAAGAUGAGAGUGAGUCAGAAACAAAGGAAUGUGUUAAUGAAAAUCAUCACAGUGAUCAAACAAGCAAGCAACCAGGUACAGAGUCAGGGGAAACCACGGAAAAGUCAGAUGAAAAUGAAAAGAAAAUCUCAAAAUUGAACAUCCCCAAAAAGUUAGCGUUAGAUACCAGCUUCAUGAAGCUCAGUGCUAGGCCAUCAGGAAAUCAAACCAACUUAGAAGAGAGCUUGGAGAAAGUCCGAAAAAACAAUCCAGAGAUGAAGGAGCUCAACCUGAACAACAUAGAGAACAUCCCCAAAGAAAUGCUGAUAGACUUUGUCAAUGCAAUGAAGAAGAAUAAGAACAUAAAAACGUUCAGCUUGGCCAAUGUGGGAGCUGAUGACAGCGUUGCAUUUGCACUGGCCAAUAUGCUGCGUGAGAACAGGAGCAUCACCACGCUCAACAUCGACUCCAACUUCAUCUCUGGGAAGGGCGUUGUGGCCAUCAUGAGGUGCCUGCAGUACAACGAGAUUCUGACGGAGUUCCGCUUCCACAACCAGAGGAGCAUGCUGGGCCACCAGGCUGAGAUGGAGAUCGCCAGGCUGCUGAAGGCCAACAACACCCUGCUGAAAAUGGGCUACCACUUCGAGCUGCCGGGGCCCAGGAUGGUGGUGACCAACCUGCUGAGCAGGAACCUGGAUAAGCAGAGGCAGAAGAGGCAGGAGGGGCAAAGGCAGCAGCAAAUGAAAGAGCAGAGAGAGCUGAUUGCCAUGUUGGAGAACGGAUUGGGCUUGCCACCUGGGAUGUGGGAGAUGCUGGGGGGGCCGAUGCCCCAGUCCAGACCACAGGAAGCUCCCCCAGCACCCAAACCACCCAUCCUCACCUCAGCACCUCAGGGACGGGGGAAGGAAAGCACACGACCCACAGCUCCUGAGCAGCCGCGUGGGGCUGAGCCCAGCUUCAGGGUGAUCAAGCUGAAGAAGAUCCAACGCAAACCCGCCGUGCCCAAGUAUGUGGAGCCCACUGAGAAAACCAACCUCAAGGAUGUGAUCAAGACCCUGAAGCCCAUCCCCAGGAGAAGACCCCCUCCUCUCGUUGAGAUAACACCACGAGAUCAGCUGCUGAAUGACAUUCGUCAGAGCAACGUCGCGUACCUCAAACCGGUGCCGUUACCAAAGCAGUUGGAGUGAGAGACCCAAAG